GACAAAGUAAAAACUGAAAUCGAACUCAGGAAACAUUUAUGAGAUUUAGACAACAUUCCAGACUCGUUGCUAGCAACUGUCCAGUGUUCUGAGUGCUCUUUUAAAAAUGACACAUUUACAGCUAAAAGAAGGAGAGUAUACAUCAACAAUAUACUCAUUAAUUAAAGACCAGCGUUACAACGAUGCUGUUCAAUUACUUAGCAGCCAAGUCCAAGGGCACACAAAGUCCAGAGCAGCAUUGUCCCUUCUCGGUUUCUGCUACUUUCAAAUGCAAGAUUUUGUAAAUGCUGCUGACUGUUAUGAAGGACUGAGUGCGAUGCAUCCGGAGAUAGAGGAUUACAAACUGUAUUAUGCCCAGGCCUUGUACAAAGCUUGCCUGUACCAGGAAGCCAUGAAGGUGGCCUGUCAGAUUGAUAACCCACAGUAUCAAAGUCAGAUAACCAAAUUACAAGCUGCCAUCAAAUUUGGAGAGGAAGACUUACCAGGAGCUAAGAGUCUAGUGGAACAAUGCCCUUCUGAUGAUCCUGAUACUGAGAUAAAUCUGGGCUGCCUGCUCUAUAAGGACAAACUGUAUGAGGAGGCAUGCCAGAAGUUUACGACAGCCAUGCAGAUUCUGGGUUACCAGCCCCAGCUCUCUUACAACAUUGCCCUCUGUCACUAUCAGAUGAAGCAGUAUGCCCCUGCUCUAAAGCAUAUUGCUGACAUCAUAGAGAGAGGCAUCAGAGAACAUCCCGAGCUGAGUGUCGGGAUGACGACUGAAGGGAUUGAUGUUAGAAGUGUGGGUAACACUUUGACCCUGCACGAGACCGCAUUGGUGGAGGCAUUCAAUCUGAAAGCAGCCAUUGAAUACCAGCUCAAAAAUUAUUAUGGAUCCACUGAUUUUGAUGCGGCCUGUGAGGCUCUGACAGACAUGCCCCCUAGAGCUGAGGAGGAGUUGGAUGCCGUCACCCUCCACAACCAGGCCCUGAUGAACAUGGAGCAGCAUCCCACCCAGGGAUUCGAGAAACUGCAAUUUCUUCUUCAACAAAAUCCAUUCCCACCAGAAACCUUUGGCAACCUACUUCUUCUUUAUGUCAAAUAUGAGUAUUAUGACCUGGCUGCUGAUGUUCUUGCUGAAAACUCCCACCUUACAUUCAAAUUUAUGACACCUUACAUGUACGACUUCCUGGAGGCGGUUAUAACCAGUCAGACAUCAAAGGAGGAGGCGUACAGAAAACUUGAGGACAUGGCAAAGAAUCAAACCGAGACUCUCAGUAAACUCACCAAACAGGUUCAAGAAGCUCGUCAGAACCACGAUGAUGAGGCUGUAAAACGAGCAGUAAAUGAAUAUGAUGAAGCCUUGGAGAGGUAUAUACCUGUUUUGAUGCAACAAGCUAAAAUUUACUGGGACAUGGAGAAUUACCCGCACCUGGAGAAGAUUUUCAGGAAGUCCGUGGAAUUCUGUAACGAACAUGAUGUCUGGAAGCUGAACGUAGCUCACGUGUUGUUCAUGCAAGAGAACAAGUAUAAAGAGGCCGCUGGAUUCUAUGAACCAAUAGUGAAAAAGAACUAUGAUAAUAUUCUGAGCGUCAGCGCCAUCGUACUAGCAAACUUGUGUGUGUCCUACAUCAUGACCAGUCAGAAUGAGGAGGCCGAGGAACUGAUGAGGAAAAUUGAGAAAGAGGAAGAACAAUUAUCUUAUGACGAUUCAGAGAAGAAAAUCUACCAUCUCUGUAUUGUUAACCUAGUAAUAGGGACAUUGUAUUGUGCGAAGGGGAACUAUGAGUUUGGUAUUUCCCGCGUGAUUAAAUCCCUGGAACCAUAUAACAAAAAGCUAGGAACAGACACGUGGUACUACGCCAAACGGUGCUUCCUGUCCCUGAUUGAGAACAUGGCCAAACACAUGAUCAUGAUGAAGGACCAGGUCGUUCAGGAAUGUAUCCAGUUCCUAGAGUGUUGUGAAAUGUAUGGGAAGGACGUGAAAGCCUUGAUUGAGCAGCCACUGGAAGCCGAACCAAUGCAUCCUGGGAAAAAUACAGUGACCUAUGAAGCUCGCCUCCUGAAAAGCUUACUGCUACAACUGAUGUGAAACCAAUGUUGUUGUUUUUAAUGUUUCAGGAACUGUGAUAAAUAAAUGUCUUAAUUUUCCCAUA